AUGUCUCAAAUUCUGACUGUCGCGGUGGCGCAAGCCCGCACUCUUUCGUCUCUGUCGGCCACACUCGCCGCAUUGAAGAGCAUCACCGAACAUGCGGCAUCAAAGGGUGUAAAGCUUCUGCUUUUCCCCGAGGCCUACCUCGGCGGAUAUCCUCGAACCUGUGAUUUUGGCACCGCUGUCGGCGCACGAUCUCCUCAUGGUCGGGAGCAAUUCCUUCAAUAUUUUAAGUCUGCCGUGGACCUCGGCGAUACUCCUGCUGGAGCCGGCGAUGACUGGGUCGAUCGCAAGCUUCCCGUGGCCAAGGGAUCGGAUCGUCGCGGCGACGGUACGAGGGAGUUCAUUGAGCAGGUCUCUCGGGAAACGGGUGUCUUUAUUGCGACUGGAUUGAUUGAGAGAGCCGGUGGCACUUUAUAUUGUUCUGCCGUCUAUGUUGAUCCGACAUCUGGUGUCGUUGGAAAGAGACGCAAGGUCAUGCCUACUGCUUCAGAGCGUCUUGUGUGGGGUCAAGGCUCGGCUUCUACACUCAAGGCCAUCACUACCGAGCUGAACGGUGUCAAGCUGACCAUCGGGCUCGCUAUCUGCUGGGAAAGCUUCAUGCCCAUGCUCCGCCAGAGUCUGUAUUCUCAAAACAUCAAUAUCUACCUUGCCCCAACGGCCGAUAGCCGCGACACUUGGCUACCACUCAUGCGUACCAUCGGAGGCGAAGGUCGUACAUUCGUCUUGUCCGCAAAUCAGUGCGUACGCUAUAACGAGCUGCCUUCUUGGAUCACCGAUUAUGCCAACCCCGGGGACAAAGCAGAUGGCGAAAGAUAUAUUUCGCGCGGUGGAUCCUGCAUCGUUGGGCCUCUUGGUGAGGUUGUCGCUGACCCAGUCUGGGAAACUUGCGUCGAUGAUGCGCUGGAAUCGGGGUCGAGCGACUUAUCUCGCAAGGAUGGGCUUCUGAUUCAUGAGAUCGACUUGGAGGACUGUGAGCGUGGUCGGCUGGACCUGGAUGUCGCCGGCAGCUACUCCAGAAACGACGCAUUCAAGCUGACCGUUGAGGGACUCGACCUGAACCCGCCACCCUUCUAA